CUAGUGAAUAAAUGAAAGAAUUGGUGGACAAUUUAGUAAUUUUUUCUCAUAUGCACCAUAGGGCGUUUUAGAUUGAAAUUUUAGUAUCUGAUAUUCUGAAUCAAGAAUAUUUUCUAGCCUAUUUCAAGAAGAAAAUGGAAUCCGGACAAAGUCACGUGACCGGUUAUGGCCUUAAUUCGACGGAUCCUCCGCCAGCUUAUGGAUACAACCGGAUCGAACCGGUUACUCAACAACCUCCACCAAUUCAGCAUACCCAAUCGAACACUACCGUUGUUAUCAAUCAACAGAACCCGGUCCGACCUCUGGGCCGGGAUUGGAAUACCGGGAUGUUGGGCUGCUUCUCCGACCUACCCUCCUGCAUUGGAGUGCUUCUGUGUGGCGGAUGUUGCUAUCCCUGCUAUUUGUCCGACAAACUGGGCGAGUCUUUCUGCCUUCCAAUCUGCCUGCCGGGGACCACGUGGCUUUUGGCUCUUAGGGUCAAAAUGAGGGCUCAAAAUAAUAUAAGGGGAAGCAUCAUUGACGACAACACAGCGGCCUGCAUGUGUCAUCCUUGUGUGAUGUGUCAACUCUCGCGAGAACACGACUUCAUCAUGAGACAGUAAAGACAUAUUAUGAGAAGUUGCAUUCCAGCUUGCUGUUGGAAUUUUUCAGAAUUCAAUCUUCGUGUGUUUUUGAUUUAAAGAGAUUGAGUUUUAACUGCACAACCUAUCAAUGACCAGUCAUGAACAACAAAGAGCAAUACUACCUGUACUGUACUUUUCAGUUUGUUAAUUGUAAAUAUUAUGUUGUUUUUUUAUGCCCCCAUCAACGAAGUUUCGAGGGUAUAUAGUUUUUGUCGUGUCUGUCUGUCUCUCCGUUUGUCUGUUUGUCCCCAAAAACUUUAACCUUGUCCAUAAAUUUUGAUUUAGUGGAGCUACGACUUUCAUUUUUCACAUGUGUAUUUCUUGUGACAAGAACUUUCUUUGGGUUCCACUAAAUUUGACCUUUUUGACCUUGGAGUUUGACCCACUUUAACACAAAAAUUCCUAACUUUUACUUUGACCAUAUCAGUUGUAACCAGGACAUUUAUCUUCACAUAUGUAUUCUUUGGGGCAAGACCUUUCAUUUGAUACCAACGAAUUUGACCUUUUGACCUUGACCUUGGAGAUUUCGAUACUUGUGAAAAAACUUUAAUCUUGGCCAUAACUUUUGAACAGAGAGGGAUAGGCCUUUCAUACUUCACAUGUGUAAUUCUUGUGAAAAGACCCUUCAUUGGAUACCAAGAACUUUGACUCUUUGCCCUUGGAAAGUGACCUACUGAAAAAAAGCAAACAUUGACCAUAACUUUCAAGGAUUAUGGCUAAUACUUUAAUUUUUUAAAUAUCUAAUUCUUGUCACAAAGCCUUUUAUUUGAUAGCAAGACUUUUGACCCUUUGACCUUGACCUUGGAGUUUGAUCUACUUUAAAGACUGAAAUUACCUUGGCCAUAACUUCUGAGCGGUUAGGACUAGGGCUUCAAUACUUUACAUAUGUAUUCUAUGUGGCAGGACCUUUCACUGAAUACCAAUAAUCUUGACCUUGACCUUGGAGAUUCUGUACAUAUGAAAAAACUUUAACAUUGGCCAUAACUUUUGAACGCUAAGUACUAGUGAUCUAAUACUCACUUAUAUAAUCCUUCUGAGA